GUAUACGCUGUACUAUGAAGUCGAGGUUACCCAUUCUUGGAUUAUUAUGAAUCAUUUGCGGGUGGCAAUUUGACCUGUUGUUGAGUUAUUCGCAAGAAAUGCAGAAUUUUGAAGAAGGAGAAGAGGUCUUCUUCGAUUCUUUCGAGUGUUUAUCAUUUGAGGAACCUGUUUGGGAACAAGGAGACCAAUUUGGGUAUGAUAUUUGGUUGAAUGGACUCCAUAGUGUGAAGGAAAGACGAGAGAACUUCUUCUGCAAAAUGGACACUACUUCUGAGUUUAAGUUCACCAGUGAAAGGAUGCACGACCACCAUCGCCAAGAAACAGUGUGUUCCUCCUCCUCCUCCUCUGCUUCUUCUUCUUCUUGGCCUAUUGGGGAAGAAGGUGAAGAUUUGAAAUGUGGUGUUGGAAGAGAUUGUAGCCUUGGUGAUGCAAAUUGUUUGGUUGAUGAUGAUCUUUCUACAAGCUGCCCAACCAUGAAAUCAAAGAAGAGUAAAUGGUGGAAACCCUUCUUACGUAAGAUAAAAGGAGGCCAUUCUUGCAAUCCCCGGACUGGGGGCUUUCUAAAAGUUCGCCCAAGCAGGAAAAAGAAGUUUAUGGAACUUACUGCUUUAUAUGGUGGACAAGAGAUUAAGGGUCAUACCGGCGUGAUUAGGACAAUGAAGUUCAGUCCCGACGGGCAGUACCUGGCUAGCGGCGGUGAAGAUGGGAUGGUUCGUGUUUGGCGUGUCUUAUUGGCUCCGGCUUCCGAUUUCUUCAAAUCUGAGCUUGGAAGAGGUAAGAAAUGGGGUGUUGAGAUACCUGAGAAGGUAUUCCAGAUUGAAGAAUCACCGAUUCAUGAGUUCUAUGGCCAUACUUCUGCCGUUUUAGACCUUGCAUGGUCUUCCACAACCAAUAGUCUUUUGUCUUCAUCGAAAGAUAACACUGUUCGUUUAUGGAAAGUGGGGUCUGAUGAAUGUCAUGGUGUCUUCCAUCACAAUAACUAUGUAACGUGCAUCCAGUUCAAUCCUAUUGAUGAAGACCUUUUCAUAAGUGGAUGCAUAGAUGGUAAAGCACGCGUUUGGCGAGUGACAGACAAGCGAGUUGCUGACUGGGCUGAUAUACAUGAUAUAGUGACUGCUAUAUGUUACCAGCCAAACGGGAAGGGUUUCAUUGUUGGCUCUAUAUCUGGUGUUUGCCAUUUCUAUCAAACAGAAAGUGAGCUUUACCUAGAUGCUGAGUUACAGUUUGGUGGUAGGAGGAGGUCAACUAGCAAUAUAAUUACAGGCAUUCAGUUUUUACCAAAUGGUUCUCAAAAGUUUAUGAUUACAUCUGGAGACUCCAAGAUUCGUAUACUUGAUGGACAUGAAGUUGUUUGUAAAUACAGAGGUCCUAGAAAAUCAGGAAAUCAUACUUCAGCAGCACACGCGGCGCCAAACGGGAAACACGUAAUAUCGAUUGGGGAGGACUCACAGGUGUAUCUCUGGAACUACGAGGACAGAAGAGUCCAAGACCCCAAGCAGGUGAAAUCUGAGCGCUCAUUCGAGCAUUUCAUCUCGGAGGGAGCUUCCAUCGCAAUACCUUGGGUAGGCGAACGCUCGUCGCAGAUGGCUCCUUCUCCUCCGAGGAUUUGGGCGGAUUCGGAGAGGUUUUCCCUUGGAAAUUGGUUCUCCACGGAAAUCUCAUCUAGGGUUUCUGUGACGUGGCCCGAGGAAGUGCUUCCUCUGUACAAUGUACCGACCCCUGAAAACGGCGAUAAUCAUGAUGAUGAGGAUGACCAUCUUCGAUCAAAGCUGGUGAACAACAACACUUCGCGAUCUCCAGCCUGGGGGCUUGUUAUUGUGACGGCUGGUUUGGAUGGGAGGAUCAGGACUUUCCACAAUUAUGGUUUGCCCGUUAGGGUUUAGGAGCUUUUGUCGGUUUUAAUGAUUUUUUUUUCCGCCGGAAAUGCAUAUAUGGUAGUAGAAUUCAUUGUAGAGUUCCGAUGGCAGCUUAUUUAUGUACACUAGUAUUUGGUGAUGGUAUAAGAUCAUUUCGGGUGAAUAUUUUGGUCAUGGUUUGGUCGAUGACUUGUGGAUUGAUGCCGUUAAUUGAUUGGAUUAGUUAGGUUUAGUAAAAUCAAAUCGAU